UUGUACAACACUUGUCAUAAACAGCUGUUCGACCAACCACAACAAUUUUUAAAUGUGAUCCGGUUAAAAAAGCUUGUAAAUCCCGCCCACAAUGGUUAAAAUAAAGACGAAAGAGACCAAAAAGAAGCCCUUGACCCGAAAGGAGCAAAGGAAACAAAAGUCAGAGGUCAAAAAGCAGAAUAAGCGACUUUAUCACGCCGGCAAAAUUAACGGCACACAGCGCGUGGCGGCGGCAGCAGAGGCUUUGGCAGCGCAGUCACUAACGGGAAAAAACAAGAAGAAGAAAAAGAGCAAAAAACCCAAAAUAAAUCCUGAUGAAAUUCCAAAGGAACAGCUUUUAUCCGGGGAAAUCGCCAGCGACGAUGAUGAGUCAAUAGAUUCCGAUUUUAGUGAUGCGGAGGUGGAUGCUUUGAUGCCCAAAAGAGAAAAGGUGGAGGUCUACGAGCCCCUGGGGAAAAAUGUGACGAAAGCCAAAGGAGGUGCCAUCCAAAGACAGGAUGAAGAGGCGGUCAGGCGAAAAGAACUGCGCCAGCAAAAGGAAUUGGAGGCUAAGUCCAAGAAGCAGCGGCUCAAGCAACUUCGCCUGGAAAACGUGGAGGAGGAUCGCGAGAUCAAUAAGUUGGAAAAGAGGCUGAAACUCAACAAAUCCAAGGACAAAAACCGCCUGGUCAGGAAGAUGUUUAACGAUGGCUUGGAUUACCUGCUGGACUUUGUCUUGGAUGACGAAGAGGAGAAGCAGAAGUGGGAGGAGAAACAGGAGCGCAAGAAAAAGCUAAAGGAGCAACAGGAAAAGGAGGAGGCAGGCAUGUGGAGCGAUGAAGAAGAUGAGGAGGAGUUAAAUGAUCCCAAGGAUAACUUCCCGGGAGAUGACAGUGGGUCGGAGGGAGCACAAGACGACGAAGAUUUUAGUGGUGAUGAGGAAUACAGUGGGGAAGAGUCCGAACAGGAGGAUGAGGCACCCAAGGUUAAAGAAGACAUCUACGGUCGCAAACGCGAUGCAGAGGGAAACAUCCUGCCCGAUCCCGUGGAGCAAGAGGCAUCUGCCACCGGUCAGAAGUACAUACCGCCACAUCAACGAGCUCUGAUGGCCGCUAGUGCAGGAUCUAGCGAGAAACAGGCCGAGAUACUAGCCCGCCUUUUAAAACAAAGCAAAGGUCUGCUCAAUCGUCUGUCCGAGGCAAAUCUUCAUAAAAUUGCUGCUGGCAUAGAGGAGCUGUACAUGAAGAACUCGCGCUACAACAUGAACGAGACCCUGACCAAGUUACUCAAAGAAGCACUGCUGGGCUCGACGCGAACCAACGAAAGAAUGGUUCAGGAACACAUGGUUUUGUUGGCCUACCUUCACGCUCAAAUAGGCAGUGAGAUUGGCGCGCACUUUCUGCAGACUUUUGUGGAGCUGUACGACGGCUAUGUCAAGGACAUUGUUAACCUGGAGGUGGAGGAUAAGCAGUUAAAUAACCUGGUCCUAGUCCUCUGCUACAUGUACCUCUUCAAGAUUUUCGAGCUGAGCUUGAUGAUGGAGCUUAUAGGCAAAUUGUCAGAUAACCUUUGCGAAAAGAGUGUGGAAUGCCUUUUGCUGAUCUUCCAGUCUAUUGGUUUCCGCUUGCGCAAAGAUGAUCCACUGGCUUUUAAGACCAUGAUGCAAAAAGUUCAAUCGCAGAUUGCCUCUGCUCCUUUGGAACUCAAAGAGAAUCCUCGCCUGCGUUUCAUGGUGGAUAUUUUGAAUGCUGUUAAAAACAACAAUAUGCAAAAGCUGCCCCAAUACGAUCCCGAGCUGGCGGAGAAUCUCCGAAAGCGUUUGAAAGCUAUGCUAAAGAACGAUCGCUAUGUAGUUACCUUAAACAUAACCCUCGAGGACCUUUUGCGAGCCGACAAAGUGGGCAAGUGGUGGAUCGUGGGCUCUGCCUGGACGGGAAAUCUGGACGAGAUGGGUUCUGCCAAACAAAAACAGGAUAAGAACUCGUCUAAAUCUGUUAAUGGAGGUUUUGCUGAUAAGUUACUGGAGCUGGCCAAAAAGCAGCAGAUGAACACAGCAGAAAGGAGGAAUAUAUUCUGCAUCAUAAUGAGCGCCGCCGAUUAUGUAGAUGCCUUUGAGAAGAUCUUGCACUUGGCUCUGAAGGAUCAGCGCGCGGUGGCUUACGUGAUCAUCCAUUGUGCUCUUAAUGAGAAGCGAGCUAAUCCCUACUACGCUCAUCUGGCCCUCAAGUUCUGUCAAUUCAACAGAAAGUAUCAACUUGCUUUCCAGUUCGCCAGCUGGGACAGAAUCAAUGAUAUUGAAAAGCUCUCCAAACCGCAGAUUCGAAACCUGGCCAGUUUUCUCCAACAAGUAAUCCUAGCAGCUGGCUUACAGCUCUCUGUACUCAAAGUGGUGGACUUUAUGCAGCUGGAUAAGCUCAGCUUCUACUUUAUGAAGGAAGUGAUGGUUAGGUUACUCCUGGCUCCGGAUGAGUCGCAAGUGUAUCAGACAUUCGAAAGGGUAGCCAAAAACACCAAGCUGCAGCAGUUCAAGCAGAGUGUUCGACUUUUCCUGCAGCACUUCCUCUUAAAAGAGGAUCAACUGGACAAGCUGAAGCUGAAGGAGGAGGAUCAACAGCUUCUGCAGCAGCGAGUCGAUCACUUAGACAAGCUACUGGCCUAUGUGGACUUGUAAAUAUAUGUAGACUUUAAGAGGUGACCUUAUUAUCUUGUAAAAUAAACUUUUACUUUAAGGGUAA